AACAUUUAAAGUUCCUUUUAAAUCGUGUUUCGGGUUGUCAAAUGUACUAAAAAAAUACAGUUAAAAAUCGUGUACUUAAAAUCUGGUGUUAAAAAAAACUAAAAAAAAAGCCAAUUAUGGGCUUAAGUGGAAUUAUAGUGUUGUUAGCGAUAUCCUUGCAUUUAGUGUUGGGAGGUGGUGAAACAUUUUCAAGCAAGGAAGAUAAAAUUAUUGAUAAUUUAGCCAAAGAAGAACUUGAAGAGUCUAAUCGAGCUGCCAGACAUGUCGUCGAUGGCUAUGGAGGCUUUGGUGGUUAUGGAAAUUAUGGCGGAUAUGGUGGAUAUAAAAGUGGCUAUGGUGCUGUAAAGACAAGUCAUUCGCAUUAUGGUCCUGCAGGUUAUAAUCCACAACCGCAGCAACCACAAUCCAAAGCAGGAAUAAUGAGCAAAAUAUCAGGCUGGUUUACUCCAAACAAAGCUUACACACCAAAUAUCCGACAAAUUCCACCAGCUGGUUCUUGUCGUCAGCCAUUACCUCUUCCCCAAAACGUACUCUACGAAUGUCGUGAUACUAGCUGCAAGGUUUCUUGUCCAGCAAACUUCAUUUUUCCCGGUGGACCUUCUCAACUGAAUGUGGUUUGUGUUUCUGGCAAAUGGAUUGUUCGAGAUUCAACUAUUGAGGACCUUAUUCCACCUUGUACACCAAAUUGCGUUCCACCAUGUCAAAAUAAUGGAAUCUGUCUUGAACCCGGUCUUUGUCAAUGUCCUGAGAAUUUCUACGGAGCACUUUGUCAAAACCGUAAUUUACAAUGCGCAUCGAAACCACCAAUUCCAAAUGGCUCAAAAGUCUCCUGCAGGAAUAAUAAUUGCAAUGUUGAAUGCAUGAAGGGCUAUCAAUUCCCCGAUGGAACUGGCAUCACAAACCUCGAGUGCUUGGAUGGCGAAUGGCAUCAUCCGAAAAGUGGAAAUCCAAAAGCUCCCGAUUGCCAACCUAUUUGCAAUCCUCAGUGUGAAAAUGGUGGCAAAUGUAUAUCCAUUAAUAUGUGUCAAUGUAAAGCAAACCAUAGAGGACCUCAAUGUCAAUAUGAUUUACAAGUUUGUAAUGUUACAAAAUCUGGUUUCAAUGGAAAUUAUAAAUGUUCGUUUGGUGUAAAUGAAGCUUCGUGUACUUUAACUUGUCCAGGUGGUAUUGCUUUGAGUGGACCAAAAGUAUCAACUUACAAUUGUCAAUAUAAUACUGGAGAGUUUUCACCACCAAUACCAAGUUGUUUAUAUCCCAAAGGUUACAAGGUUGUUUCAAGCAAAAAGACUAGCAGCUUACAAGUUGUUCCUGGCAAGGGAUACUACAACUACAAGGAAGACCAUAACUCAAGCAGUGAGGUGAAAACCAGUCUUGAGUUUGUACCCACAUGGAAGGAGCAUAAAAAAUACAGCGAAUUUUUCUCUUCAUCUGAAGAAUAUAUUGAAGCACCAAGUAUUUACUCAUUGUACUUUGAGGAAGAUUUGAACAUGAUUAUUGAUAGAUCUCCAAAGCCAGCUCUAUGCGCUACAUGGUCUGGAAUAAAUUUGAAAACUUUUGAUGGAACCAUUUUUAAAGCUCCUCUAUCAUGUUCACACACAUUGGUCUCGGAUAAAAUUGAUGGCACUUUUGACAUCAUCCUGAAAGCAUGUCCCUACGGAUCCGGCUACAACUGUCCACAUUCACUAAAAAUAUAUUGGCAAUCAGUUGAAUAUACUUUCGAAAACUCAAAUGGAACUGUAAAAUUGUCAACUCCCCAAAAGAAUCUCCCUAUCCCAGUUCAAGUGAAAGGAAUGAAAGUCUUACCUGUAGCACAACAUCUUCGAAUUGAUUUGGACCCUGUUGGUAUGACCUUGUUAUGGGAUAAGGCUCAGUACAUUGCCAUGCAAGCUACACCAGGUCUCUGGAAUCGUACUGGAGGAAUGUGUGGCUCAUUCGAUGGUGAUCAUCGCAAUGAUUUCAUCUCAAAGGAUGGAGUUCUUCUAAAAACCAGCAAGGCUUUUGCUGAUUCAUGGAAAGAAAGUGACGAUUCGACUUUGUGCAUUAUGGACAAUAGUGGUGAGGUUGAUUUCACUAAACAGUGUGACCAGAAAGAUCGAUUAAAAGCUAUCGAAGUUUGCGAACAGUUGCUAGAGAAUUCUAAAUUGACUGAAUGUGUUAAGCCAUUUAACAUGAACGCCCUGAUGAAGUCAUGUGUUAAUGACUAUUGUAACUGUGCCAACAAGGAUCAUCCUGAAAUGUGUAAUUGUGACUCUGUAGCCAUGUUAGCUAAAGAGUGUGAGUUCCGAGGUAUCAAGCUUGAACAUGGUUGGAGAGAUCUCCAAAUUUGUCCUAUCCAAUGCAGUUUCGGUCGUAUCUAUCAACCUUGUGGUCCCAAUCUUGAACCAACUUGCGGUUCCGAUGUUAUUCCAAACAAAGACAAAUGCAAUGAGGGUUGUUUCUGUCCAGAAGGCACUGUUCAAUACAAGGACUCUUGUAUCUCUCCAGAACUUUGUCCUUGCACGAUGCGAAAUAAGGAAUUCAAAGCUGGAAGUACUAUCACAAAAGACUGUAACACUUGCUCGUGUGAAAAUGGCGUCUGGAAGUGCACCGAUGAAAAUUGUGGAGCCCGUUGUUCGGCCGUUGGAGACCCCCAUUACACCACUUUCGAUGGAAAGAAAUUCGAUUUUAUGGGAAAAUGCUCCUACUACAUGCUCAAGACUGACAAUAUCACCGUUGAAGCUGAGAAUGUUCCAUGCGAUGGAGCUAUUUCUGACAAUCCAGCAGCAAAUUCAUUGGAAACACCAUCUUGUACAAAGUCAUUGACAAUUAUCUCAGAUAUCAAUGGAGUUAAGACCACAAUAAAACUUGGUCAGAAUCUUGUGACUCAUGUGAAUGACAAAGAGGUCUUGAAAUUCCCAAAAAUCACUGGAAAUGAUCAAAUACUUAUUCGACAAGCAAGUUCGACAUUUAUCACUGUAGACUUUACUGAUGGAAUAUCAGUUUGGUGGGAUGGACAGAAUCAAGUUUAUAUUGAUGCUCCACCAAGUUUACGUGAAAAGACAUCUGGUCUUUGUGGAACCUUUAACUCAAAAACUCAAGAUGAUUUCUUGACACCCGAAGGAGAUAUUGAAACAGCAGUUGAACCAUUUGCCAAUAAAUGGAGAACUAAGGACACUUGUGAUGAUCAAACUGUAGAUGAACCUGGUCCACAUCCUUGCACGGCAAAUCCUCAUAUGCGAGAAGUUGCUGAAAAACAUUGCGCCUGGUUAACAGAUGAUAUAUUCCUUGAUUGUCAAUGGUCUGUCGAACCGGAGACAUAUUAUGAAAAUUGUAUUUAUGAUACGUGUGCUUGUAAGGAGGAUCCUUCCAAGUGUUUCUGUCCAAUUUUGUCAGCUUAUGCUACAGAAUGUACUAGACAGGGUAUUAAAACUGGUUGGAGAUAUACUGUGAAGGAGUGUGCUAUACAAUGUCCAGUUGGACAAGUUUAUGAAGAAUGUGGUGAUAGUUGUACGAGGACUUGUGAUGAUGUUGCUACGAAAAAUACUUGUCAAAAGCAUUGCAUUGAAGGAUGUCGUUGUCCAAAGGGAGAAUAUCUUAAUGAAAAGAAUGAAUGUGUUCCGGCUAAGGAUUGUCCAUGUGUAUAUGAUGGAAUGACAUUUAACACUGGUUAUAAGGAAGUUCGUCCUGGAAGACAGUUUUUGGAACUUUGCACUUGUGAAGGAGGUCUUUGGAACUGUGACAUGGCUGAAGCUGGUGAUAGCGAAAAAUACCCACCUUCCUCCGAACUAAAAAGUCAAUGUGCCAACAAGCCCAAUGCUGAAUUUUCCAAAUGUGUACCAACCGAACCAAAAACCUGCAAAAAUAUGGACACCUACGUUGAAGAUUUAGAAGACUGUACACCAGGCUGUGCUUGCAUGGAAGGUUUCGUCUAUGAUACUACAACAAAAGAAUGUCUAAAAGCCGAUGACUGCCCAUGCCAUCAUGGUGGUAAAAGUUACUCAGGCGGUGAUAAAAUAACUGAAGAUUGUAACAUUUGUUUGUGUCAAUCUGGCAAUUGGAAGUGUACAACAAACGAAUGUGAACGCACCUGCAGUGUUUGGGGUGAUUCACAUUUCACCACAUUCGAUAACCAUGAGUUUGAUUUUCAAGGAGCCUGUGAUUAUAUCUUGUCAAAGGGUGUUGCUGCUAACGGUGAUUCAUACUCGAUUACAAUACAAAAUGUCCUCUGUGGCACUUUGGGAGUUACAUGCUCGAAAUCAUUGCAAGUUACUUUAGACGGUAGUAUAAAUGAUUCGAUAACAUUGUCAGCGGAUUCGUCAUACUUGGAUGAUCAAAGUAAAUCUUCAAUAGACAAACUUCGUGAAGAACUUGGCAGCAAAGGACACUCAUACAACAUCUACAAAGCCGGUCUAUUCACUGUUAUCGAAAUAAUUCCACUAAAACUUCAAAUCAAAUGGGACGAAGGUACUCGCGUCUAUGUUAAACUUGGCAAAGAUUGGAAGGGUAGAGUUAAUGGCCUAUGUGGCAAUUACAAUGACAAUGCCAACGAUGACAUGAAAACACCAUCCCAAGGCCUAGAAACAAGUCCAUUUCUAUUUGGGCAUUCAUGGAAGAUGCAAGAGUUUUGUGUAGCACCAAUUCAACAAAUCGACGCUUGCAAAGAACAUCCGCAAAGAGAGACGUGGGCUCAACUUAAAUGUGGUAUUCUCAAGUCAUCAAUGUUUAAGGAAUGUCAUUCUGAGGUUCCUGUCGAAAAGUAUCUGAAACGUUGCAUCUUCGAUACGUGCGCUUGUGACCAGGGAGGUGAUUGUGAAUGUUUGUGUACGGCAAUCGCUGCAUAUGCUCAUUCGUGUUCGGCCAAGGGGAUCAACAUUCGUUGGCGUACACAACACUUUUGUCCAAUGCAAUGUGACCCCCACUGUUCCGAAUACAAACCAUGUACACCCGCCUGUGCUGUGGAAACUUGUGACAAUUUUCUAGAUCAAGGCAUCACCGACCGCAUGUGUUUGAAUGAGAAUUGCAUCGAAGGCUGUCAAAUUAAGCCUUGCGAUGAGGGUAUGAUAUAUUUGAAUGACUCUUUUACCAAAUGUGUACCAAAGUCAGAAUGCAAACCGGUUUGUAUGUUGAAGGAUGGCAAGACAUUUUAUGAAGGUGAUGUAACAUUUGUCGAUGAUUGUCAAACUUGUCGUUGUACAAAAAAGAAAGAAGUAUGCAGUGGAGUACCGUGUGCUAAACAAUUGACUACUACUCAAUCAUCAUUGAUUGAAAUUGCUAGUUCAACUGUGAUUCCACAACAAACGCAGGAAGAGUCGAAAUGUAUUUCUGGAUGGACAAGAUGGAUCAAUAAUGAUGAAAAUUCGAAUAAUAAUGAAAGAAAUUUGAAGCUGAAUGAUGAAGAAAAGUUACCAAAAUAUGAUCGUUUUGAAAUUAUUUAUGGAACUUGUGAGAAGAAAUUUAUGAAAAAAAUCGAGUGUAGAGUUGUGGAUUCACAUGAAAAAGCUGAACUUAUGGAUGAAAAUGUUUAUUGUACUUUGGAAGAUGGUCUAGUUUGCAAUGGAAAUUGUCAUGAUUAUGAAAUUAGGGUCUUCUGUCGAUGUGGAUCGGAAGAAAUCGAAGAAGUUCUUACCGAACCACAAACACCGGCAAAACUUAUCGACCUUGGAAAAGCUUGCAAUGCAACUAUUGAAGAAUACAAGGAGUAUCCAGGAGAUUGCUUCAAGUUCUUGCAAUGUCUACCCAAAUUUGAUGGAACAUGGGAUUAUGUUGAGAAGACUUGUGGACCUUCGAUGAUGUUCAAUCCGGUCUUUCAUGUUUGUGAUCAUAUUGCAAGUGUUCAAGCUAUUAAACCGAUGUGUGGAGAAAAAGUUGAAACAACUGAACCAACCACUGUGGCCGUCUGCCCUCCUGGAAAAGUCUGGUCGGAGUGUUCUAAUCAUUGCGAACACACUUGUCACUAUUUCGGUCAUAAACUUUCAAAACGUGGUCUUUGCAACCCUGGAGACCUAUGCAAACCUGGCUGUGUCGAUGAAACAGAGCCUAAUUGUCCAGGUCUCAACAAAAUGUGGAGAGAUAAGGAUACUUGUGUAGAGAUUGAUGAAUGUCCAUGCAUGAGUAGCGAUGAAAAAUAUGUCAAGCCACACUCGGUUUACCAACAAAAUGUAUCAGGUAGUGUAGAAACCUGCCAGUGUAUUGAUAACACCUACUUCUGCAAAGGCAUUGUAGAACCCAUUGAAAUAACAACAAAGCUUCCUGAAAUCGUAAACCUUCAUAGUGAACCAUCUACCGAAGAACCGUUAUUUAUCAUUCCAACAAGUUCCACACCUCCACUUAGAUGUGAUCCAGAGCUACUUAUUCCAAUGAUAAAUGGUGCUGAACCAUUACCUGAUUCAGUAUUCGCUGCUAGCAGUACAUUAAGUGACUCAUAUCUGCCACAUUUCGGUCGAUUGCAUACACAACCAUCAACUACCUCCAAAGGCAGUUGGUCACCACUCAUCAGUGACCAAAUGCAAUACUUGCAAGUUUCAUUUGAUGAACCACAGCCCCUAUUUGGUGUUAUUAUGCAGGGUAGUCCAGUAUCAGAUCAACAUGUGACCUUAUUCAAAAUACUAUAUAGCAAUGAUGGUGAAGCAUUCCAUUACCUGGUCGAUGAGACAGAUAAACCACAAAUGUUCAAUGGGCCAAUUGAUUCGCGUACACCCGUCGAAUCACUUUUUAAAAUACCAAUUGAAGCGAAAACGGUGCGUAUAUACCCAUUGAAAUGGCAUGGAGCGAAGAUUGCAAUGAGGGUUGAAUUAUUGGGUUGUGGAAAAGAGGCUGAAAAGUCUUCAACUAUGGAAAGACUUGUUGCUACAACCGAAGCUCCUGAAAUAUUCACAACGACCGUUCAGACUAUAGCUUGUCAAGAUUGUAGGGAUCCAAUGGGUGUUGAUAGUGGGGCUAUGCAUCGUAGUCAAGUAAAAGCCAGCAGUAUUUGGCCGCGUCCAUUGAAGGCUAAGAAGGUUCAUUUGAUUGAUAUGUUGAAGUUAUCGGCGAAGGCAAGUUGGAGACCGGCUUUGAAUACUCCUAGUGAAUACCUUGAAUUCGACUUCUUGGAGCCAAGAAACAUUUCCGGUCUGAUAACCAAGGGUGGUCCAGAAGGUUGGGUCUCUGGUUUUAAGGCCAUGUACUCACAAAACGGUUUCGUUUGGAAUAAUGUUCUGACAGCUGAUGGUCGUCCAAGAAUUUUCAUCGCUAACCAUGACCGAGAUACUCCACAGACGAAUUUCUUCAGAUUCCCAAUUCAAACGCAGAUGCUAAAGGUUGUUCCAUUGAAAUGGAAGAAGAAUAUAAAUAUGCGAGUUGAACCUUUGGGAUGCUUUUCACCAUAUCCCGAAGUUAAAGAAUCAAUUGAAAUCGUCGAAUCUAAACCGGUAAAAUGUCCAAUUUGUGAUAAUAUAAUUGUCAGCCCAGAUGAUAGCGAAUGUAAAUGUAAAGAACCAUUAAUGUGGGAUGGUAAUGAUUGUGUUGAUCAAAAUAUGUGUCCGUGUGUUGAAAACUAUCUAAGCUAUCCGAUUGGAUCGAAGUUUGAAAAUAAAAAUUGUCAAGAAUGUGUUUGUUUGUUGGGUGGUGUUAAGCAAUGUAAGAGGAAGAAGUGUCCACCAUGUGAAACGGGCUUGAGACUAAUGCAGACUUCGACUUGUAUUUGUAAAUGCGAACCAUGUCCGGAAAUGCAGAAGUUAUGUCCAUCAAGUGGUGAUUGUAUACCUGAAGCUUUAUGGUGUAAUGGUGUUAAGGAUUGUGAAGAUGAUGAACCAGCGGAAUGUACGAAGAUAAUUGAAGAUAUUGGAAUACCUACUAUGGAAACUAAUACAACAACUGUCAAACACUGUCCAGAACCAGAGUGUCCCGAAGGCAUGAAAAUGAAAAUCAUCGAACAAUCUGCUACCAGGGAAAUGUCUGAAAUAUUUAAGACAACAUCAGUUACCAAAAAAUUCACCACCUCCCAUGAAGGUAACAAAUUUAUCCGCACCAAAUCUAUCAACGUAGUCGAAGAAUACUUUGAAAAACCUGAAUUCGAAUCUGGUUACAAUUCUGUCGAAGAAUGUGCUGAAUUUGUAUGCACUCCCGAACCAACUACUUCCACUGUUAAAAAUGUAUCCUUCUCUUGCACUAUGCCCAAAUGUCCUGAUGAUUAUGAAGUUGAAAUUGACAAUUCAAAAAUGAAACCUGGCGAUUGUCUCAAAUACACUUGCAUUUUGCGUCCACAAAAAGAUCGUGUCUGUGAGUUAAGUGGCAAGUCCUUUAUAACUUUCGACGGAACUGAUUUCAAGUAUGAUACUUGUAGUCAUAUUUUAGCUAGGGAUCUAGUCAAUUCAUCGUGGUAUAUUUCAGUUCAAUUAAAUUGCACUGAAAAUAGAAAGAUCUGCCGCAAAAUCCUCGUCAUUAAGGACAUCUCCUCCGAUGCCACUCUCACCAUUAUGCCAAAUCAAAAACUCAAGUUCAAUGACUUUGUCUACACAACCCGACAGUUGGCAAAAUCACCCAAAGCCAGGUCGAUAUUUACCAUCUCCCAGCCAGGUAAUACAAUCUUGGUGGUAUCACAUUUGCAUGGCUUUUGGGCGCAAUACGACGAAAUAGGCGGCAUCAAAAUCGGUGUCUCGGAGAAGUUCAUUAAGACCGUGGACGGUUUGUGUGGCUACUUUAAUGGCAAUCCAGCCGACGAUAAGCGUUUCCCCAAUGGUACUGUAACGAGUAGUACGAAUAAAUUCGGAGACAGUUGGUUUGACAAGGACAUACCCAAGGACGAGUGCUAUCCGCAAGUGUGUCCAAAGGAUAUGCAAAUGAAAGCUCUUACUCUGUGCAAUUCAAUCAAACAUAUUUCGUUCCUAAAGUGCAAUAAGGCUGUUAAUUACAAACAAUUCGUCUCAAAAUGCAUUGAAACCACUUGUGAGUGCCUAAAGGCCAAUAAGGACGACACACAUUCCUGCAAAUGUUCAAUUCUACAAGGAUUCGUUAAGCAGUGUUUGGCAGAGAAUCCUCAGAUUCAAUUGGAUACAUGGAGAGCGGUGCAUCAGUGCGAGAUAUCCUGUCCACCACCAUUGGUACACUCAGAUUGCUAUAAGCGACGUUGCGAGCCAUCGUGCGAUAAUGCGAAUGGAGAUGAUUGUCCUGUUCUACCGGAUGCCUGUUUCUGUGGAUGCUAUUGUCCGGAAGGUACAUUGCGCCAGGGUGAUACGUGCAUACCAAUUAACGAGUGCAAGGAUUGUAUUUGCGAUGCGUUCGGACCAUCAAAAUAUCUUACAUACGAUAGAAAGAAUUUCACUUUUAAUGGCAAUUGUACGUAUUUGUUGUCUAGGGAUAUUGUUUUGCCCGGUGUGCAUACGUUCCAGGUCUAUGUUACAAUGGAUGAUUGCAAAAAAUUGGGACGCCCAUCAAUGGGCCCUAACUCAAGCUGUGCCAAAUCACUUCAUAUUCUACACGGUGAGCAUAUAAUUCAUAUUCAACGUGCUGCAUCGAAUAAAUCGGUUCAGGUGCUAAUCGAUGGCAUGGAAGUGAAGAAGCUGCCAUUCAAGGAUACCUGGUUGGGUAUUACGCAGACCGAUGGCAAUGAAUUGAAACUAACAUUACCUGAGUCGCAUGUUGAAGUGACUAGCUCCUUUGAUGAUAUGGCAUAUUCGGUACGUGUGCCAAGCAUAAAAUAUGGCAGCAAAAUGGAAGGUCUUUGUGGCGACUGCAAUGGAGAUCCCGACAAUGAUCUCCGUAUGAAUCCAGCUAAACGAAGGCCUUGGAAAUCUACCCCAUCGGCUGUAGAAGUCUGUGACAUUGUUGAAAGCUGGAAGGCAGAUGAACCUAAAUUGGGAUUGGGUGAAGAUGAGUGUUUAAGUGAAGAUGUCGCUGUAAAUGAGUGCAUACCCCCUCCACCCGAAAAAGACCCAUGUUUCAAAUUCUUCGAUGCUGAACUGUUUGGCGAAUGCAAUACCAUUGUUGAACCUUUAAUUUAUGUCUCAGCUUGUCAGCAAGAUAUGUGCAAGCCGGGAAAUGACCAAAAAGGUGCUUGUAAUUCUUUAGCAGCUUAUGCUAGAGAAUGUUCUAGAAAUGGAGUCUGUUUGAAUUGGAGAAGUCCCGACUUGUGUCCCUAUGAUUGUGUUAGCGAUAUGAUGUAUGAACCUUGUGGAUGUCUCAAGACCUGUGAUUCUAUUAAAGCCACUGAUAUCUUUGAGGUUGAAAAUAUCAGAACCAAAACUGUAAUGAAUCCGAAGGAUGAUCUUGAGUGUUCAGCUGGAAAAAGUGAAGGCUGUUUCUGUCCACCGGGUAAGGUUAUGGACAAUGAUAAGUGUAUUCCUGAGGAACAAUGUAUCAAGUGUGAUGAUGGUAUUCAUGCUGUUGGAGAGUCUUGGAAGAAAGACAAAUGUACUGAGUGCACUUGUCAUAGCAAUGGAAAGACUGAGUGUGCUGUUCAGCAGUGUCCCGUUACGGAAAGUAUUUGCUCGGAAGGUUUCAUGCCAUCAAAGAUCAGUUCUUCAGAAGAGUGUUGCCCAAAAUACAUUUGUGUUCCUGAGCCUAAGGUCCCAACUCCAGUUACCUGCCCUGAUGCUCCUUUCCCGAAAUGCGGUGCUGGUCAAUUUAAGAAACAAAAAAUUGGAUCAGAUGGUUGUCCUCAGUUCAUUUGUGAAUGUAAGCCUGUUUCUGAAUGUGAACCAUUCGCAGAGUCUGUGCCUCUUAAGACUGGUGAAAAACUAGUUUCUGACUUCUCUGGCUGUUGUCCCACACAGACUAUUAUUUGUGAUACAAAUACAUGCCCUGAAAUGGUAACCUCGUGCUCAAAGAAGUUCUAUGAAGCCAAGAUUGUGACACAUCUUGGAGACUGUUGUCCAUCUUUAGUUUGCUCUCCUCCCAAAGACAACUGUAUUGUCGAAAUCGAUGGAAUUGAAACUCUCAAGUCCCUGGGUGACACAUGGAAGGCUCCUGAAGACCCUUGUAUUAAGAAUCAAUGUGUCUAUGGUCCUAAUGACACAACUCAAGUUACCAAAAUCACUGAAAAAUGUGACACGAAAUGUAAGAAAGGUUACGAAUACCAACGUUUGGAUCUUACGGAGUGUUGUGGAAGUUGUGUUCAGACCCAGUGUAUUUUUGAUGAGAAGCUUUAUCCAGUUGGUGAACAAUGGUUUAGCGAUGAUAAUUGUACCACAUUCACUUGUGAAAAUAAUGAUGGUCAACUAUUGGUUAGUUCGUCGAAGGAAGUUUGUGCUGAUGUUAGUAAAUGUCCACCAGAACAGUUAGAAGAUGUUGGUUGUUGCAAGAUCUGUAAACCAGUUUCGGAGAGUCAAAAGAACUGUUUGCCUGCAUCACUUGCUGAAAGUCAAACUGUUGGACUUGUUCGAAUUAACAAAUUUGGAAGCGGAAUGUGUGUGAAUAAGGAACCAAUUCAAGGAUUCACAGAGUGUUAUGGGUCGUGUGAAUCAGGCUCAAAAUAUAACGUUGAAUCCUUUGGACAAGAUAAAAUGUGUUUCUGUUGUUCAAUCGAAGCUUAUAAGACUAUUUUAGUUACAUUAAUUUGUGACGAUGGUUAUAAGGUUGUCAAGGAUAUUCAAAUUCCGUCCUCAUGUGGUUGUAGUGCUUGCUCAGACUCUCAAGUACCAGAUUACAAUUCAAUGAUUGAUAUUCGAAUGUCAGGUACUGACAAAGGCAAAGCUCCGAUAAAACGGUUAAUAAUGAAUUAAGGACACUUUGUUAAAAAAUAAAUUGUUGUAAAUAUUAGCUUUUAAUAAAUUUGCAUUUGAAAAAUAAA